AUGAACCGCCUCUUCGGCGGCGCCCCGAAGGGCCCCAAGCCCACACUCAACAGCGCGAUCGCCAACCUCGACGAACGCGUCGCCUCCCUUGACGUCAAGCUGGCCUCGGUCAACGCCGAGCUGCAAACCUACCAGAACAAGCUCAGCAAGAUGCGCGACGGCCCAGGCAAGGCGGCCAUCAAGUCCAAGGCACUCAAGGUCCUCCAGCGGCGCAAGAUGAUCGAGUCGCAGCGCGACCAGCUGCAGAGCCAGAGCUGGAACAUGGAGCAGGCGCAGAGCAUGCAGGACAACCUCAAGAACACAAUGGCCACCGUUGAUGCCAUGAAGACGACAAACAAGGAGCUGAAGAAGCAGUACGGCAAGGUCGACAUUGACCAGAUUGAGAGGCUGCAGGACGAGAUGGCCGACCUCAUGGACGUGGGCAACGAUAUCCAGGAGAGUCUGGCGAGAAGCUACGACGUGCCCGAGGACGUCGACGAGGCCGAGCUGGAUGCUGAGCUUGAGGCUUUGGGGCUCGAGGCCGAGCUGGAGCCGGAGCUCGGCGCUGGCGCCGUGCCGAGUUUCAUGCAGGAGGAGUUGCCGGACUUUGUGGACGAGGAGCCCGCGGCAAAGGAGGCGAACAAGGUCAAGGAGGCGGCAGCUUGA